UGACAUCAGUUGAAUUUAUUCAAUCCAACAAUAAACAUAUUUGUUAUCAUUUUUGGUUGCAACAAUGGCUUUUGAAUUAAUAACAAUCUUCUGUGCCACAUUGGCUUUAGCCCAUGCCGGCCUCUUGGCACAACCAGCUUAUUCAGCAGCUCCAGCUGUAAGCCAUGUUUAUAGUUCAAUUGGAUCAUAUUCACAACCAGCAGUUCUUGCCCAAGCUGCUCCCGCUGUGUAUUCAGCACCAGCAAUUGCCAGAAUCGCAAAUCCAGUUAUUGCAGCUCCAGCUGCUGUUGCAGUUGCUCCAGCCUUAAGAUCCUAUGCCGCACCUUUAUUACAAGCACCAAUUGCAAAGAUUGCAUAUUCACCUGCAUCUGAAGUUAGCCAUGUAUACAGUUCAAUUGCUGCUCCACAAUAUGCUUAUGGUGCUCAGGCUCCAAUAGCCAUCCACAGUCCAGCAAUUGGUUCAUCACAACAAAGCACAAUCCGUUCACUUGGAGGUACAAUCUCGACCUAUGCAAAAGCAGUUGACACCGCUUUCUCCAGCGUACGAAAAUCCGAUACACGUAUUUCAAACAAUGUUUAUACUCCAAGCUAUGCAACUAAGACAAUUGCCGUACAACAGCCUGCCAUCAUUGAACAAAAAUCGAUUCCAGCAACCGUUGUGAGCCACGUGCAAUUCGAUGGCAUUGGUGCCCAUUAUGGCUGGUAAACUUGGCCCAACAGUUGAAAGAAAGUAAUCGAAGCAUAGCGAAUUGAACAUUCCAUUCAAAACAGAAGAACUUUGAUCUUCGUUAAUCGUUGCGUGUAUGUGUGUAUAGAAAAUUAAAUAUUUAUUGCA